AUGUCCCAAGAUCAUUACGAUUAUCCUCUCUCUGUAGACCAACUCUCCAGUCUGCAUAAUCCAAAAUCUAUUCAUGCAUUUGCUACUCUUUUCCAUGAUAAUGAGUCAAAUCUAUAUAAAUAUCUUAAUACUCACAAAACAAAUGGUAUACAUCAAUUAACUGAUUACCAUCAAUCAAAUCGCUAUUCAAAAUAUAAAGAUAAUAGGAUACCAAAACGUGUACCAAAGACUUUCUAUCAACUCAUAUGGGAAGCUUUCAAUGAUAAGACAAUGCUUCUAUUAACGGGUGCAGCUAUCGUUUCAUUCGCUUUGGGAAUGUACGAAUUACUGUUUCAACCACCAGCCUUCGACCCUGAAGGUAACAAGAUUAAGAAAGUAGAUUGGGUAGAAGGUAUUGCAAUCAUGCUAGCCGUUGUAGUCGUUGUUGUCGUAGGUGCCGCUAAUGAUUAUCAAAAGGAAUUACAAUUCGUUAAAUUAAAUGAAAAGAAGGAAAAUAGGAAAAUUAUUGUCAUUAGAGAUAAUAAAGAAUUGUUAGUCUCCAUAUAUGAUCUGUUAGUAGGUGACUUAGUCAAUUUACAAACCGGUGACGUUGUACCGGCCGAUUCUAUAUUAGUAUCAGGUACUUGUGAAGUUGAUGAAUCUACAAUAACUGGUGAAACUGAAACCAUUAAAAAAUUUCCAUUGUCUCAUGUCUUGAAAAUAAACCAUAAUGAUAAAUCCAUUGAUAUAGGCUCUGUUGAUUCAAACGGUGAUAAAUUCCCAGAUUGUAUGCUCAUAUCAGGAUCUAAGUUAUUAUCAGGUUUAGGUAAAGCUAUUGUGACUUCCGUCGGUGAAAACUCAAUUCACGGGAAAACUAUGAUGUCAUUAAAUGUGGAACCUGAAUCAACACCAUUACAAGAACGUCUAAGUCAGUUAGCCGACAGUAUUUCCGUCUACGGCUGUAUAGCUGCGCUCUUUUUAUUUUUAGUGCUUUUCAUAAGAUUUUUAUUCUACGUUCUAUCACCACACGGUAGAUUCCAUCAUUUGGAUCCAGCUCAAAGGGGUAACAAAUUCAUGAACAUUUUCAUCACUGCAAUCACAAUUAUAGUCGUUGCUGUUCCUGAAGGUCUACCAUUGGCUGUCACUUUAGCAUUAGCUUUUGCAACUACAAGAAUGACCAAAGAUGGUAACCUUGUGAGAGUACUCAGAGCUUGUGAAACAAUGGGUUCUGCUACAGCUGUUUGUUCAGAUAAGACGGGUACUUUGACAGAAAAUGUAAUGACUGUAGUGAAAGGUCUUUUCGGUAAUACUCACUUUGACGAUUCUGAACCAACAGAAUCAGAUUCUAAAGAGUUGUUUCAAAACACAUCAGAAUCUCUAAUAAGUGACGUAUAUACAAAUGUCAUCCUCAAUUCAACAGCUUUUGAAAAUAGUGAAUACACUCCAGAAAAUGCUAUUGAUCGCGAUGAUACUGACGCUAACAAUGGUAGUAGUGAAGAAGAUUUGCUCACCAAAAUCUCAGAGGGAAGACAAGAACCUUACAUUGGAUCAAAAACUGAAACUGCCCUUUUAAGAUUAGCUAGGAAAUCCAUGAAUUUGAAAUUCGGUACUUUGCAAAAUUUACGUGAUAACACAGUAGAAAAUUUUAACAUUGAAGAAAUAGUACAGAUUAUACCUUUUGAAAGUUCAAGAAAAUGGAGUGGAAUAAUAGUAAAAUAUAAGGAUUGUGAUAACUAUAAAUUGUACGUUAAAGGUGCCGCAGAAAUUGUUUCUAAUAACUGUAAAUAUCAAAAGAAUUCAAAUAAUGAUGAAUUGAUUGAGAUUGAUAGGAAUGAAAUCAAUCAAGAAAUUGAAAAAUUGGCUGUCGGAGCUUUAAGAGCAAUUUCCUUGGCUCAUAUGAAUUUUGAUAACGUUACUGAAUGGCCACCAGCUGACUUAAAGGAUACUGACAACCCAAAUUUUGUUUCACCAGGUUUAAUAUCCAAAUAUGAUAGAAGUGAUUUAGUUUUAGAUGGUAUCGUUGGUAUUCAAGAUCCACUACGUCCACAAGUUAAAGACUCGGUUAAACAAUGUCAAAAUGCUGGUGUAACAGUGAGAAUGAUCACCGGUGAUAAUCUAUUAACAGCAAGAGCAAUCGCCAGAAACUGUAAUAUUUUAACUACCGAAACUUUUCAGGAUCCAGAAUAUUCAAUUGAAGGACCCAAGUUCAGAACACUAACCAAAGAGGAAAGAUUAAGAGUUCUACCAAACCUAAGAGUAAUGGCUAGAUCUUCUCCUGAAGAUAAAAGAUUGUUGGUGGAAACUUUGAAAAGAAUGGGAGAAGUUGUCGCAGUAACCGGAGAUGGUACUAACGAUGCUCCUGCCUUGAAGUUAGCCGAUGUGGGUUUUUCCAUGGGUAUAUCUGGUACUGAAGUCGCAAGAGAGGCUUCUGAUAUUGUUUUAAUGACAGAUGAUUUUUCUGCCAUUGUCAACGCUAUAAAAUGGGGUAGGUGUGUUUCAAUUUCAAUCAAAAAAUUCAUUCAAUUUCAGUUAAUCGUUAAUGUUACAGCAGUUAUUCUGACUUUUGUUUCCGCUGUUGCUUCUGAAGACGAAUCCUCAGUAUUGACUGCAGUUCAAUUAUUGUGGGUUAAUUUAAUCAUGGACACUUUAGCCGCUUUAGCAUUAGCAACUGAUAAACCAGAUCCAAAUAUCAUGAAUAGAAAACCAAAAGGUCGUUCCACACCAUUGAUUGCGGCUUCAACUUGGAAAAUGAUUCUUGGACAGUCUACAUUGCAGCUGAUUGUUACAUUCGUUUUACAUUUCCAUGGACAAGCUCUAUUUUUCCCACACAAGAAAAAAAUAACUGGACAUGAACAACAGCAACUUAAUGCCAUGACAUUCAACACAUUUGUUUGGUUACAAUUCUUCACGUUAUUGGUUUCAAGAAAAUUAGAUGAGUGUGAUGAAAUCACAAAUUGGAAGGAUAGAAUUUCGCAAGUUAAUUUGAAUUUUUUCCAAGAUCUUUUCAGAAACUAUUACUUCCUAGUUAUCAUGGCAAUUAUCGGUUGCUUCCAAGUUUUGAUCAUGUUCUUUGGCGGCGCUCCAUUUUCCAUCGCACCUCAAACAAAAGCUAUGUGGGAAACAGCCAUUUUGUGUGGUAUGUUAUCAUUACCUGUUGGUGUCAUAAUAAGAAUAUGUCCAGAUGAGUUGGCAUUGAAAUUCUUUCCAUCCAAGGCAUUCAAUAAAUGUAAAUACAUUCUCACAUUUGAAUUCAUUAGAGGUAGAAUUGAUAAAAGCAAGUCUGCUGAUGAAGAGGCCUUACUUAAUGAUGACGAGAGUACCGAGUCAUCAAGCGCAUUUUUUUAA